AUGCCAAAAUUAACAAAAGUAUGCAAACUUUGUUGCGACAAUGUGGCCACCUUCGAUUUCAUGAGCCUUACCACCAAAUGUAAUCAUAAAGUCUGUCGCGCUUGUAUCAACCAACAUAUUAAUCAGUACUUGAACACAAAGGGCACUACUAAAAUUGAAUGUUUUGAGAUCGGUUGUAAGGCUUUGAUGGAAUAUCAGGACAUGAAACGAGUUGCCAGUAGAGAUUUGGUUGAAAGAUAUGAGCAUCUUAGUUUUCGUGAAGCUAUACGACAAAUACCAGAUUUUCGUUGGUGCAAAAAUCCGAGAUGCGGUUCGGGACAAGAGCAUUUUGAAAAAGAAAAUUCGCCAAUAAUGAUUUGUGUUGCGUGUGAAAAAAUGACUUGUUAUACACACGAUGUUCCGUGGCAUGAAGGCCGUACUUGUGAGCAAUAUGAAAUUGAGAAAGGUACCAUUGAAGGUGCCACACGUGAUGCUAUCGAACGUGAGACUAAAUGUUGUCCAAAAUGUGGUUUUAGAAUUUAUAAAUAUGGUGAGAGAGUGUUCUUGACUUUAAGUUAUCCAUGA